AGAAUUUGCAGAUCCAUUUCCCAAUCAUCAUCGAUCGAGAGAGAGAGAGAGAGAGAGAGUGAUUUGCAAAUAUAAUUUGGGUGUUUGAAUGUCUCAAUUUGCAGAUCCAAAGGCCAAACACGUGAGCUAGAGAGAUUUGAGUUUGGUAUCAUAGGGGGUUGGUAAUACUCGUACAAGAUUUGUCUUCCAUAAUAUUGUUUCUGAUCGAUCGACCAGAAAACACAGAAGACAAUUAUAUCUGAAAUGGACGGUGAGGCUGCAGGUCCAAGUAUUGCUUUGCGCUCUUCAGCCACGUCCCUUCCUGUUCCAGGAGGCGAAUCCGAAGUGUUUUUGAGUUUUAGAGGGCCAGACAGUCGCCGCACAUUCACCGAUUUUCUAUAUACCAAUCUCAAUGACGCAGGUGUUCGCACCUUUCGGGAUGACAAUGAGCUUCGCAAAGGAGAAGAGAUCGGCCCUGAGUUCCUCGAAGCAACAAGGGAGUCCAGUAUCUCCAUCCCGAUCUUCUCCAAGAACUAUGCUUCCAGUAAAUGGUGCCUCCGCGAGCUGGCUCAGAUGGUGGAUUGCAAGAGAAGCACUGGACAAUUGAUUCUGCCAAUCUUCUAUGAUGUUGAACCAUCGGAUGUGAGGCAUCAAUCUGGGAGUUACGAGGAAGCCUUUCGCAAGCACGGGACGUGUUUUGAUGGAUGCACUGUUAUGAAAUGGAAAGAGGCACUCAAAGAGGUUGGAGAACUCAAGGGUUGGCGAGUCAACAAAGAAGCUGAUGGGCAUCAAGGGGAAUUAGUAAAAACCAUUGUUCAAACAGUGUCGUUAAACCUGAAGAAGAAAUACAUGGUUACAAUUGACAACUUAGUUAUGAUGGAUGAUCAUCUGAAUGAAAUGAUGAGAUUAUUAAAUGUUGGUUUAAAUGAUGUAAGGAUUGUUGGUAUCCAUGGCAUGGGUGGUAUUGGCAAGACAACUGUUGCCAAGUCCAUCUACAACAAGCUCCUCGGAGACUUUAAAAAUUGUUGUAGCUUCCUUGCAGAUGUUCGGGAAAAUGUCAAACAAUACAAAGAUAAAGGUAUUGUUGAUUUGCAGAACCAGCUUCUCAAUGACACUCUUAAACCGCCCCCUCGCAUUACUAAUGUUAACGAUGGAAUCGACGCUAUCAGACGUCGAUUUUUCAAUAAGAAAGUUUUCAUUGUUCUUGAUGAUGUCGAUGAAAAGUCUCAAUUUGAUUGGCUUGUGGGAAAUCGUGAUUGGUUUGGUUCAGGAACUAGGAUCAUAGUUACAACUAGAAACAAGCAUGUUCUAAAUAUUCUUGAAGUGAAUGAGACUUACGAACCUCCUUCUAUGACCCUUGACCAAUCUCUUCAACUUCUCAGCAUUCAUGCUUUUCGGAAAAAGUUACCUCCAAUAGACUUUCGUAGUAUCUCUAGAAAGGUGGCAUCAGUUACUGCAGGGCUUCCUCUAGCUCUUGAGGUUAUAGGUUCAUUUCUAUCUGACAAGCCAAAAACAGUAUGGGAAGAUACAUUGAAGAAGUUGGAGAAAAUACCAGAUCAUAAAGUUCUAGAAAUAUUGAGAGUAAGUUAUGAUGUAUUAACCCACGAGCAAAAACAGAUAUUUCUUGAUAUUGCAUGUUUUUUUUAUUGGGGUGGAUAA